CUUUGACAGCCCAGCUCAAAAACUCAACUACCAAAAUGUUCACUUUACCCCCGCGCCCCCCAAAAGACUACACCAUAAAAGACGUGACGAAGAGUCUUCAAUCAUCGUCUCAGUUCAGUCCGGAGUCUGAGCCUAGAGUGACUCAGCACAACUUGGCAAAGUUCUGUUCGCCCAUAGAAUACAAGGACGAUGAACUCCCUGGGAAGGUCUCUUUGGAAAUCCAUCCCUACAUCAUGGAGAAAAUGAUGAAUGACGAUAGAGCCUCGUGGGUGGUGCGACCGGGAAAAGACGAUGUUCUUGUUCAUGAGGUGUGCAGAAGGUAUUCGGUGAAUCAGGAUAGGAUGAGUUAUGAUCCGAGGUACAUGCACAAAGAAAAAGUGUUCAAUCGGUCAUACCAGUUCGAAUUAGAUUGCAUCGAAGCGGCAAGACUCGAUAAACUUCGAGCCAAAUGUGAAGCAGACGAUGCGGAAUUCGAAAACUCCUUCCAAAAACUGAUCAACAACCAGAAAGCCAAAGAAAAACCUUCUAUCCAAUUGAAACCGUGUAAGGAGGAACCACCAUUUUGGUGGAAGAAAUCACAAAAGGAAAAAACGGAGAAAGGAGAUGAGCCUGAAAAACCGAACGAUUUUGGUAUGAGCACUGUUUAUAGGUCUUCGUAUGUCAGAUGGCAAGAUGAGCCUAAUUUAACAGCAUUUGUUCAAGAUGAUCCAUGCAGAAGAAAAUUGGAUAUGCUGACGGUUGGCCAGCCAUUCAAAACGGAAGCUUGUAAUUGGUAUUACAAAACCUACCCACCCCCAGGCAUGAAAUUCCACAACAAAAAAUUCUCGUAACUUUUCCCAAAGACGCCUAGUGACUGAAACCUGUCACAGCGACGUAAGCCAAAAUUUCCGUACGAUGUGCCCAGCUCAAAUUUCAAAGUGAAGAAAUGGAAAAAAUAGCGACCGAGAAUCUAUUCCUGCUGGAAUUCCUGGUAGACAACGUCGACAUCGGGAAGAAAUGCGAAUGCGACUCCCCGCCAGGAGAAAAGUGCGUUUCCUUCCAGUUCCUGGACAACGCCCCUUUGGACGUUUGCGAAGCCGAUUUCGCCCCCAAAUCGGACCUGGGCAAAGACGAGAACAUCAAAAGCGGGAAGUCAUGCCUGUUUUCCCUGUCCCCUGACCAAGUCAACGACUGCCUGGCCAAGUUUGAUAUCCUGGUCACCGUGCACAAAAAGAUGCAGCCUGGCUGGUUGCCCGAGAAAGUCGACAUCGGGAUAGCCCUGAUAUCCAUUGCCAAUCUCUUUGCGGAACUGGUGGAGAGUGUUUCGACUUCUGAUGGUACUUCCCCAACUGCGAAGACGUUGAAGGACGUUUUCGAUAUCAGUACGCCGAUUGAAGGCGGAGCUCCUCUAGGGAAAAUAGGCGUUUACAUACGGAUGUCUUGCUUCGGGAAGUUGAUUGUGACGCAGUUUCAGAUGAAUCUUCAGGACAAGUCGGUGUUGUUCAAGGAUAAAGAGGGAAAGUCGCUUUACAGAUACAAGAAAGCUGGAAAAGGCAAAGAAAAAUCCGACAAGUGCAAUCCGAGACAACCGCAAUCCCCUCAGCAGCAAAGACAACAGCAACCCUACAACUCCGACUGCCCAAAAACCCCCUGCGGCUCACCCCAAAUGCCCAACCAAAUGCCCAACGCCAACACCAACUGCCCUCUCUCCCCCUGUCCCAUGGAUCAACUCCGCUACCAAAACACACCACCCUCCCAGAACUACAACCAAGCCCCUUGCAACGAAUGCGGCGCGAUACCAAACGCCCCUUGUUUCUCCCAAGGAGACGCCGCAAUGGGCAUGAACAUGGGCAUGGGCUACCCGCAGCAAAUGCUGCCGCCCUGCAUGGAAUGCGGCAGCAUGCCCUACCCGCCCUGCCUCCCUCAAGCAGGCUUCAAUCAGCGACCCAACACCCCGUGCGAGGAGUGUAUGUACCUCCCCGAACCGCCCUGCGCUCAGGGGCAAUCCGCCGAGGAACCAGAGGGCAACUACCAGGAGAUCGGGGCAGCCAUGGGCGGCAAUUCGCUCACUAUACGCGUGCACAAGGACAAGAACAAGGUGGAGCAGCUGGACCCUAACGCGCCGGGCGGAUCUAUAGCCUCGGACAGUAACGACUGCUCCUGCCUGCCCGGCCGCCCAGGGAAGAAGACCAGGCCAGGGCAGGCGCUCUCUCUAGGGAUGCGGCCGGGGAUCCAACAAGGCAACCAGAACCUGCCCUUCUCCUUCAGGAUGGGCGGCAGGCCGGGCCAAGCGGACAACAACGUGGUGGUAAACCCGCCCGUGGCAACCGCCCCUGAUGGCACCCAAUUCACCGAGUUCUCCGAUCCCAACAAGGAGAUGUUCGUGUUGCGCAUAGGGAAGAAGAGCGAGGGGGUGGACAAGCGGCAGAACCUGGAGUUGGAGUUGUGUACGCCGAAAGGGCCGGAUUUGAAGCCGAUCCCGAAGAAGGAGACGCGAGACACUCAGUACGAUCCUCUGGACGCCGGACCGGAGGUGGGGGAGGGGAAGAAAGGGGGCAAGGGCAAGGAUAAAGGGAAGGGAAAGGGGAAGGGGAAGAAGAAAUGAGAUGGGAUGUAGCGUCGGGUUUUUCAUCAACUUUGCAAUAGCUUAACUGCUUAAAUAGUAUACUGUUGGGUGAAUAAAACUCGUAACUGAAAUACUUUUCAUAUUAUAUAUUGAUUCUGUUGAGGUAAGAUGAUUGUUUAUCACAAAAUAGGUUCUAAAACCAAUAAUAAAAUGUGCAUGUUGGAAAUUUUGCAACAAUCUCGUGUUUUCAUUUUCAAAGGACAUUUUCUGGUUGUUUGUACAGGCUGUCCCAUUUUCAAUGUCCUUACGGGAUAUAUCACAUUUAUUUUCAAAAAUAGAGAUUUGCCGAACGUUGGCUUCUUUUUUGUGAAACUGACGAUACCGCAAACAAAAUUUUCAUAACUCGCUUCCUUUCUGAGAUAUAGGAGGAAAUUGAAAAUGCUGCAUUUUGGGACCUCCCCCCCUAUCUCAGCCAUCUUUAAACUUAUCGGAACGUAAAAACUGUUUCUCA